CAUUGGAAAUUGGUCAGCCACCAUGGUAGCUUGCUAGCCGAAAUAUUAACCCGCUUUAAUGUAUAUUAGCCACUGUGUUUUGAACACACUCCUGUCAAUCUAGCUAAUUAUAUAAUUUCAUUGCAUAUUUACGUUGAUAUUGUUAUUAGUUAGCUAACGGUAGCUGGCUGGUUAAGUUAGCAUUAGCCUUGUUAGCUAACUGUUAGCUAACAUCCCCGACCAUGAGUUCACCAAGCUACUCUCCUCCUGAUGAAGAAGAGGAGGAGGUCUGCUGGACGGAGAAAGAGGGUCUGUGGCUGAACGUUGUCGUGAAAGAGGAGAAUGAAGAGGAGGAUAUCACAGUAACAAAAGUAGAGGAAGAGCAGGAUGUUACAGUGAAAGAGGAAGAGGAGGUUACUGUGUUGGGAGUGAAGGAGAAGGGAGAGAUAACUGUCACAUUGGAAGAGGAAGAGACAGGAGAUCGGAUUAACACCAGAGAGAGACGGGCCAAUCGUGGAUCCUCUGGGGAGCCUCAACAACAUCAUGAUGCUGACAAGAAAGUGAAGAGUCUCUCCGCAACCAGAUCAAAACACCUGAAGAAACCCCAGCGGAGACCCAAAACGAAAACUCACUGCUGCUCUGACUGUGGGAAGAGUUACUUAAGAUCAGAUUCACUGAAACUACACCAGAGAAGUCACACUGGAGAGAAACCUUUUUGCUGCUCUGACUGUGGGAAGAAAUUCACCUCCUCGGCAGACCUUAAAAGACAUCAGAGAAUCCACACAGGAGAGAAACCUUUUAGCUGCUCUGACUGUGGAAAGAGUUUUGUUUCUUCAGGACAUUUAAAAUCUCACCAGAGAACACACAAAGUAGAGAAACCCUAUAGCUGUACUCAAUGUGGGAAGAGUUUUACUCACUCAAGCAGCUUGAUAGUACACCAGAGAACACACACAGGAGAGAAACCUUAUAACUGUGAUCAGUGUGGGAAGAGUUUUCUUUCAUCUGGUCGUCUGACAAUACACCAGAGAACACACACAGGAGAGAAACCUUACAGCUGUGAUCACUGUGGGAAGAGUUUUACUACAUCUAGCCAGCUGACUUUGCACCAGAGAACACACACAGGACAGAAUCCUUAUAGCUGUACUCAAUGUGGGAAGAGUUUUACUCAGUCAAACAGCCUGGUAUCACAUCAGAGAACACACACAGGAGAGAAACCUCAUAGCUGUGAUCAAUGUGACAAGAGAUACUCUGAUAAAAGAUCUCUGAUUAAACAUCAGAAAAUACAUAGUUGAAGGAGUUGUUUCAUGAUAUCAAUGAAAUAAUGUCACAAUGUAGAAUGUUUUAACAUUGUAGAGGAAGUAUUUUAAUGACGUCACAAUGUAGAACCCUAAAUGUUUGUCCCCUGUUCUAUUGAUUUCAACAUGAUAUGGAUAUUAGCCUCAGGGGGGAAAUCUAGGCCUGAAUUGGUCACAAAAAGUGACUAACAAAAAAAGAGUUGUUCCACUGACCACGUUGGUGACCCACCUCAUUCAAUAUGCAACACUUCAAAAUGUAUCUGGCUGUUUUCUCCUAAUUGUCCUCUAACCAGUGGUGUACACAUUAUUCCCAGAUUCCGUGUGGUUUUUGCUGCGUUAGUUUUAACAGGACUUGCAGCCUCAUCUCUCCCCUCUCGGCACAAUUGAUUUCAACGUGAUAUCGAUGAGUGAUGACAAAUAAGUGUUGCGUUCCUUUGUUUAGCGACCCCUACAUUUAAAUGCAUCACUCCAAAAUGUAGCUGACUGUCUUCUGCAGGUUGUCCUCUAACCAGUGAGGUAAAAGAUAUCUCCCAUUUCCAGGUGUUUUUUUUGUGUGUGUUCGUUCCAACAUCAUGUACAACCUGAUUUCUAAUCGAUAUCAGUGAUUUAUUGCUACUGUCAAAAUAACAGUGUUUCUGGUGCUUGUGGAGCUUGUUUUAAAAAGUAAAAUGAUUAUUGUUGCACGUUUGUUUAAAUUUUAUGAUUUUCAAUUUAUCAAACUGUUAAUGCGUAUUGGUUAUCGAUUUGGACACCCCAAAAUGUCAUUAAAAAGAUGCCCGAAGUCCAAUAUGUUUGGUUGAAAGUGAAAGUUAAGAUGUCUUUUUGGGUCGUUUUUUUUCAAUGACUUGAAAACAACUUAAUUUCAACGUACUUGCAGCCUGGACGCAGUAUAAUAAAUUGAGUCUAUAAUCAAUGUUAUUAACAAUCUAACAUCACUCCUGUAUUUCUUGACAACAUUCAAGUGCUAAUUGUCUUAAUUCCACUACUGAAGAAGCAUGACUGAAAUCACCUCAUAUUUCAAACAUCAGGCCUGACAAAAUAUACAUGUUUUAUUAUUCCAUGCCUCACCAUUAAGUGAAGUAUUGCCAAUACAUAUUAACAAAGCGGUGUACAUUUGGUUUUGAUAAUUCAUAUUUACAAUUAUGUAACAUUUAGUAAUCAUAGUUAUUCAUGCAACCAACUGACAGUUGGAGGUGUGAUGUCGUUAAGGGA